AUGACAACUGCGGCGCCUUUGCGUCAUCGUCUGGCAGCUUCGUGUGUACUGUUGCUGUGGUUUCAGACGUCAAUUCUUACAUGCUGCGUUGUCUUACUGCCCGCGUUGCCUUUGCUGCUUCUGCCAAGUUCGACUGCCCGGGGACUUUUUUGCGUCAUCGCAUCCUGGUGCCAGGCCGCGUGGUUCGGCCUGGCAGUGUUCUGCCUUCGGUGUGUCUUACGAACACGCAUCCUCAUCCAUGCGUGCGAUGGGGAGCUCGACACCUGGGCGUUGCAGGGCGACCUGCUCUUGAUCUCCAACCACCCUACACGGUCGGUUGGAUUGGAUGUUUCUGUGGGCCCUGGCUUCGGCUCUGGGACGUCUAUCUGGCCUUAA